AUGAGCAAAUACGACGAUGCUCAAGCUGCAGCACAUGAGAAGGCGAAGUCCAUGGAAGAGCAGGUCGAGCAGCAGAAGGAGAUGCUAAACAGCACAAAGGAGAUGACUGACGAGCUGAAGCUCUCUAUCGACACUUUGGGAACUUCCUUGACAGCAUUCAUUCCCUCUUUCAACGAGGCUACCGAGAAGAUCUCCGAGGACUCGAAGACUAUUUUCGAGAAGGUCGAAGGUGCUAUGCUCAAGAUGGAUGAGCACAACGACGGCCUGAAGACUGAACAUCAGAUUACUCGUGACGAGAUAGUCAAGGUUGUUGAGGCUAUUGCUCUUCUCCAAGGAGAGUCGAAUGAGUACAACCCUCAAUUUUCCAUGUCUCUCAAGGAGCUUCAAGCUCUUGUCAGCGCUCACUACGAGUACUCCCAGCAGCUCGCUGCGACCGCUGAGGAACAGGCCAGGACGGUCUAUGACACCAUUCGUACCGCCACUGAGGAAUCGAAGACUCACAUCGAAGGUCUCUUUGCUGAGAAUCUCAAGAACCACUUCUCUGAGAACCUCAGUGCACAGACGGAAGAGCUUAAGGGAGCUCUUCCUGCUUUGUUGCCUGCACCUGUUGAGCCCGUUGAGAAGUACGAUGAUGCUGCUGUCCAUGAGAAACUCGAUAAGCUUGUCAACGAUACUGCAGUCCAUGAGAAGCUCGACACUCUUGUCAAUCUUGCUGGUGAAGCUGGUGCAGCCACGGCUCAGAUGGAACGCUUGGACGAGAUUCAUGCUCAGGUCAAGACCACUGCCGCUGAAGUCUCCGCCUUUGUUGCUUUUCAGCAAAAGCAAAUCACCGAUGGUCAAGAGAGCAAGGAACGUGAGGCUGAGGAGCUUGCUCUUCUUCUUGAGCGUCGUCAGGUUCAGAAGGACAACAUCGAGUCUGACAUUUCUUUGCUCAACGAGGAGAAGGAAAGUCUUCAAGCCAUUGUUGAGGCUCUUCGUGCCGAGAAGGAUGCUCUAGCCGCGCAGAAGGCUCGUCUCACUGGUGAUGUCUCGUCUCUCCACACCGCCUUGGAGAUCAGACGCGAGGAGUUGCAUGUCAUGGACGAGAAGGCCGAUGCCUUGGAACGUCGCAUUCUUGAGGGCCUGAUUGAUCACUCUCGUGCCAUGCUUCUUACACAGAAGACACCUAAGACGUCCCCCAAGAAGAAACCUAUGCGCGAUCUGCGCUUGCCCAGCGAUGCUUCAACCACACAACUUCCUGCUCCUACCACACCCAGCCUUUUGCAGAGCCACGCGUUGGCUAUGAAGACUCGUGGCAUGCCCAAGAAGACUGGUACCACACCCAACACUGGCGAGCGUCGUAUCAUGUCACUCAGCCAGAUCAGCCGUAACCUACCCUCUGGCGCUGCUGCAUAUGCUGCCGCUGCUCCUAGCCUGGUUUCAGCUCAAGGCUCGAUCAACCGCAGUCAAUCUCUCAAGCACAACAAGCUUCGCAAGAUUUCCUGGGGUACCGCUCGUGCUGCAGCCGACAAGGAAAACGAUAUCGAAGAGGUCACUGAGAUUGACAGCAAUUAUGGUGGAUCUCGUCCUGUGAGCAGAGAUUCCGAAUACCGUCCUGAGAGCCGUGAUUACGACUCUCGUCCUGUCAGUCGUGACAGUCUCGACUCUUCGUACUACAACAGCAGCAGACGCAGUGUUAGCUACGCUGGAAGCCAGAGUGCUUGGACUGGAUCCCAGUCUGGCAUGACCGAAGAUGGCCGUCGUACUAGCUUGGGCACGCUGGGAACCUAUGACACUGGAAGCUACUUAACUGGCAGCGAUAUUGACCGUCGCACCAGCAUUGGUAGCACCAUCCGCAGCACUAUGGACCGUUCCGCCAUUCAAGAGGAGGACUACGACAGUGACCUUGAGAGCGAGCGUCACUUUGAGCCUGAAACUCCUGCUUUGCCUGUUGAGGCUGCUGUCACUAAGGACCAUGGAGACUAUGCUCCUCCUAGCGACUCUGGCAUUGGCUCAGACCUUCCCACUGGUGCGCUUCAGGGCCACGGUGACUACUUUGCUGGCGCCGUCGUUCCCACUACUGUGGACGAGGACAAGGCUGCCUGA